UUUAUUAUUAUUCGAUCGGGCGAGCAAGCGGGGGAAAACGGGCUACUGUGGAGAAAGCACAAUGUCAGCGACCUUCCCCGGACUAGUCCACGACGCAGAGAUACGUCACGACGGAUCAAACAGCUACCGGCUGAUGCAGCUCGGCUGCCUCGAGUCCGUGGCCAACUCCUCGGUCGCCUACUCCUCCUCCUCCCCGCUCACCUACCCGGCGGCGGCGGGGACGGAGUUCGCCUCGCCGUAUUUCUCGGCCAAUCAUCAGUACACGCCCCUUCACCACCAGUCCUUCCACUACGAGUUCCAGCACUCCCACCCGGCCGUGGCCCCGGAGGCCUACGGCCUGAACUCGCUGCACUCGGGCCAGUACUACCAGCAGAUCCACCACGGAGAGCCCGCAGACUUCAUCAACCUGCACAACGCGCGCUCGGCCCUCAAGUCCUCGUGCCUGGACGAGCAGCAGCGGCGCGAGCUGGGCUGCCUCGACGCUUACCGGCGCCAUGACCUGUCGCUGAUGACGUCACACGGCUCCCAGGCCUACGGCGUCGGCAUGCACCACCCGGACCAGAGGCUACUGCCCGCCGCCGGCCUGGGCCUCCCUCCGCCCGGGGCAGACGAUCUGCAGGGCUCCGUGGAGGCGCAGUGUGGGCUCGUACUGAACGGCCAAGGGGGCGUCAUCCGGAGAGGGGGAACGUGUGUGGUGAACCCUACAGAUUUGUUCUGCUCAGUACCGGGCCGCCUGUCACUGCUCAGCUCCACCUCCAAAUACAAAGUCACCAUCGCUGAGGUGAAAAGAAGACUGUCGCCACCAGAGUGCCUCAACGCCUCCUUACUGGGUGGUAUACUGCGCAGAGCUAAAUCUAAGAACGGUGGCCGGUGUCUUCGUGAAAAACUAGACCGCCUGGGCCUCAACCUGCCGGCAGGACGGAGGAAAGCUGCCAAUGUCACACUGCUCACUUCCCUGGUGGAAGGUGAGGCGCUCCACCUGGCGAGGGACUUUGGCUACACCUGUGAGACAGAGUUUCCCACAAAGGCAGUGGGUGAACAUUUGGCAAGGCAGCACAGUGAGCCAAAAGAAACCAGCGCACGCAAGAAAAUGGUGCUGGCUACAAAGCAAAUCUGUAAGGAGUUCCAGGACUUGUUGAGCCAAGAUCGUUCUCCUCUGGGCUCCUCCAGACCAACCCCCAUCCUGGACCUGGACAUCCAGAGACACCUCACACACUUCAGUCUGAUCACCCACGGGUUCGGCACGCCGGCGGUCUGCGCGGCUCUCAGCACCUUCCAGACGGUCCUGAGCGAGAUGCUCAACUACCUGGACAAACACUCGAGUGGGAAAACCAGCGGGCCGGCCGACCAACAGAUCAACAACAGCUCGGAAAAGACGCCGCUCCGGAAAACAGCCGAGCCCCAGAGCAAAGACGGAAAAACAGAAAAGACUGAGUAG